AUGUCCAGGGACUGGAAAGAUUCCGAGGCUCUACGACUGGAUGAUGGCUACACCUUGGAGUGCCUGAACAGCAAGCAGCGCGUGACGCAGAUCAUUGUGGGCAUUGACGGCCUCGGUGUUGUGGUGGCCAAGAACGGUGCCGGUCACAACUGCAUCACCGACCCCUCCAUGGGCGGCCUCACCCGUGCGCAGCUGCGCUGGAUGUUCAGCGACUGGACCGACGCCCAGCUUGGUGAAGAUGGCUUGGACAUGGCUUCAGUGCUCCCCAAUGACGACGGCGACAACAUAAAAGAGUGGAGUGACCUCAGCCCUCAGUGCGAGGAGGUGCCCAUAAACGUCUACGGGCCCGGCUCGGCAUCUGGUACUCACGACUUCUUCGCCGAGGUGGUGCUGUGCAAGAGCUGCUUUGAAGGCAAAGCAGGCUACACGCCCGAGCACUUUCCGACCUGCGACCACACGCUGAACCAGAACCUCGAGGCAUUGACUGCGGACGCGGAUGUUGAGAACUUCAUUCAGACGCAGCGGCCGAUCAACUGCUACAUGGAGUCGGAGGUCGAUGAGAAGAUCCUGCAGUGGACCCUGGCGGACUAUGGAGGGGUGGCCUACUUCGGCUUCGCCUACUACGCACAGAACUCGGCCACGCUGACGGUCGCCAGGAUCGCCGAAGACACGGUCAAGGGCGUCAAGGACACGCUGGACGCGAAGGUGGAGCCUUCCAGCUAUUCCAUCACGGAUGGCUCCUACGCGGUCUUCCGCCGCAUGCUCUACAUGAACGUGGACAACGAAGCCUGGAACCUGGCGCAAGAAUUCAUGCAGUACGGCUUCACAAACGCUGGUCAGAAGGCCGUCUCUGACGUCGGCUACGUCGCCAUCAACGCCAAUCUCCGGAACAAGAUGGAUCAGCGGAUCGCCCAAAAAGGCAACGCUGAGGCGGACUAUGUUCCGGUGCAGCCAGAGGUUUGCUUCAACGGCACGGAGCUCGUGGAGGAAGAGUUCCUGAACCAGUUCGGCAAUCCGAAGAUUCGCUACAGCUGCAACGACUGCGCCCCAGGAUAUUUCAAGCAGCUGAACACGCCGACGAAGUGCCGGAAAUGCCAGCCUGGCGCAGUCACUUCGAGUCCCGGGCAGUCCGCCUGCGAGUUCUGCCUUCCGGGGACGUUCGCAGAAGAAGGCUCCACGAACUGCACGGCUUGCCCGAAGAACACCAUCGCAGCAGCUCCAGGUGCUGGCCGCUGUGACGCCUGCAGCGAUGGGUACCAGACGGAGACCACGGGAUCCUCCUCCUGCCUCCGUUGCGGCCUGGGAGCUUUCCGCACUCUGGCCGACGCCGCCUGCGUUACCUGCGCGGCUGGGCUCACGACUGCCUUCAUGGCUGCAGAGAAGGCCGAGGAUUGUGUCUGUGAGGCAGGGACCUAUCGGAACCUCUUCGGCAGCUGCGAGCCGUGUCCAGAAGGAAUGACCUGCCCUGUCGGGAGCGACAUGGCUCACUUCCACAACGCGACAUCCUUCUCCAUCCACACUCCCUACCCGCAGCUGAAGCUGGGAUACUACUCAACGUACAGCGACCCACUGAGCGUCUACAAGUGCCUACAGGAGGAGAUCUGUGCUGGGGGCGACCCUGAAAGUUGCGAAGGAGGUCUGGUCGACCUCGUGUGCGCGCGCUGUCCAGCUGGCCAAGAGUGGAGGGCUGGCGAGUGCGGCGCUUGCCAAGGAGGAUCCGGCAGCCCCUUGCUCAUCCUUUUCGGCCUCGCAGGAUGCGUGGGGGUCAUCGUGAUGCAUGUGAUGGCGAACUGGCCACUUGUGAAGGGAAACAGGACGGUCAUGACGGCCGUCUACUUUUGUGGUAUGGCGGCAACGGUCGUGCUCACCUUCGGUGUCUAUGGGACACUGAAUGCCGUGUGGGGUCCUCCGAUGAGCAACUUCAUCCCGAGCUUCGGCAUCCUUUCCUUGAACAUGGAGUUUUUCUCCUUCUCCUGCGUCAUGGGUGAGAAGUCCUUCACCGCAGAGUACGUCGUGAAGCUGCUUGCUUUCCCGAUCCUCUGCCUGGUGGUCUUCUGGGGCUCCUACCUGUUGAAGCACGUGCCGAAAGCGAAGCUGUAUGCCUCGUUCAAUCGCCCAGCCAUGCUCAACACUGCAGGAUUCCUGAUGUCGGCCUUGUUCGUCUCUGUCAGCUUGAUGAGUCUCGAGGGCUUUCGCUGCAAGGCGAACCCGAAUGGCAAGGCUCUUCUGCAAGCCUUUGGCGCCAUGGUUUGCUGGGAGGGUGGCGAGCACAACGUGCUGAUCGCACUGAGCGUGGUGGCGAUCCUUUGCUAUCCGGUCACCUAUCUCACUUUCACAGGCAUUGCCUCGUUCGGCUUCGGGCCUUUGUCGGUGAAGUAUGGAGUGCGGUUCACCUCAGCCAUCCGAUUCCUUUCCGGGAGGAUGAAGCCCGAGUAUGUCAUGUUUGGCUUCUGGUGGAACGUGAGGAACUUCAUGAUCUCUCUUGCACCGGUGGUAGCCAGCAACAACUACGGGGGCCAGAUCAUCCUCAUCUUGGCCGUUUUUGUCUUGUGGCUCAUCGGCCAAGCGAGGUCCCAGUGCUGGCGCUUCGAGCUUCUCAACCUGUUGGACAUGAUCGUCAGCGGCGUGCAGAUCAUGAUGCUUUGCCUGUUUGGUCUCUUGGCGGACGACUCCAUUGAUCGCGUGAUGGUGGGAUGGUGCAUCAUCACCAUCUUCUUAUGCGUCCUCGUGCUGCUGAUCACGAUGGCCACCGUCAAAAUCGUGCUCCACCUUCGCAGCAAGACAAACUACGACGUUUUCCUGACGCACCACAAAGCUGCGGCGGCUUUGUCUGCCAGGCACUUGAAGACGCUCUUCAACGCGUGCUCUACCCUCAACGUCUUCCUGGACGUCGAUGAGUUGGACAACCUCGACAACCUUGGCUUCGCUGUGAAGAACACCCGGAAGCUCUUGGUGAUGCUCACAAGCGACGUACUUCGCAGACCCUGGUGCGCCGUGGAGAUCGGGACUGCGCAUUUGAACAAGGUACCCUUGGGAGUGGUGGAUAUCAACCAGGAUUCGGUUGAGCUGUCUGACAAGUUCAUUGCCGAUGUGGUGACGUCGUUCAGCGCGGCUGACCUUGGCAUCUUCGCCAAGAAUGGCAUCACAACAAAGGAUCUGGAGAACGCCUACCAGCAUUUGGCCACUCUUCCGAGGAUCCGGUUUCCGCUCAAUGUGCCCAUCGAGCGGCUGCAGUUGGACGCCGUGCUUCAAGCGGCCGGACAGGAACUGGCCCCCUUGCUGAAGAAGCCGAAGGUGGUCCCUCUGGACCCAGAGAAGGUGGUCUACAUCGUCUUCAACACGCGCGAUGACUCCCAGUGCAGCGUUGCCUUCCUUCUCAGACAUGAGUUUCGCCAACGCCGCUGGGAUGCCAGGCUCUUCUGCCCCAGCAAGGACAUGAUGCAGCGCACCCCGUCUGGUACUCAGAAGCUGCGGCGAGCACGUGAAUCCGAGCCGGUCGACUUCGAUGGUGUUCUCCCGGUGGCAACCAAAGCCGUGGCCGUAGUGCUGAUGUCGAAGGGCCUGCCCUUUGAUCCUGUUGCUCUUGGGGCGGCGGCCAUCAUCAAACGCACAGGUCUUGGCGCGCUCACAGUCUUGAGCCAAGAGUCCUUCUGGAAGCCGGAUGAGGACUACUUCCAGCUGCUGCGCAAGGGCCAUGUCUUGCAGGAGGAAGAUUGCGAUCUCGUGGAGCAAAUCUUGCCAGGAUAUACCUUGGAGGAGCUCGAAGAUGCCUUGGCUCCCCUCUACAAGAUCCUGGCCUGGGCUGUGAGCCCGGAGCAAAACCAGAAUCUUCUCCGACAGGAGUUCAGCAUCGUGGAGGAGCGCGCCAAGAAAGAGUUGCAGCGGCGCAUUGAGAAAGUUGAGGAGCAAGGUGCCGACGCAGUCGAGUGCUUCCCUCCUUCCAUCACGCCCUACCACAUGCGCAAGGAGGCGGCGCCGGAAUCUGAGCACAGCGGCAUCCUCAACCUCAGCGAGGUCGAGACACCCGUGUCGCAAUCGCAGAGCAUGGCCGUGUACGGCAUCACCAUGGAGGCGGAGCAACAGGCGCUGGAUGCCCUCAGGGGCAUUCUGGCUCGUUGGUUUGUGGUUGCUCUCAACCCAGGAACUCUUCCCCGCUGUGCUGAAAAAGUUGACGAGGAUGCUGACGUCCGCAAGGGAUGUGGAGUGAAGGUUAAAGCUGCAGAGUUUCGAGCUGCCUACACCGACUAUGAGUACAUCUACCUCACCAUUCUUGGGCUGCAGAACCUGGCCCUCGUCCAGGAGGAAAUCGAUACCAGAAACAACGGUCAGUCCUUUGAGCGGAAUCCCGGUGUCCAGCUGCUUGAGAAGACCUGUGGCAUGACGAUGCAUGCCGAACGUGAGGGUGCGAGGCACAUUCUCCUCAGUGCCCCUGACUUGCUCCUACAGGCGUACGACGUGGCUCAGAAGGAGCCAGAUGGUCCCUUGGGCUUCUUCAAAGAGGCUUUCGAUCGGCGGUCGGACCCGUGCUUGGAAGGGCGAGCUUCCAAACUGUCGGAGUACAUCUGCCGUCGGGUUCAGACGGGGCUCGGCGGUUUCAGCGAGGACUUCGUGCUUCAGCUUGAUGGCAGUGAGCAUUCCGUCGAUGCAGUGGUUGGCGAGUAUUUGCGGGUGUUCACAAGCGAAUGCACUGCAACGUGGGCCAUCUUGCGAGGUGUGUCUUACGCAGAGGCCAAAGCAGAUCGGCAGGUGCAGGUCGGCCAAAUCCAGGACUUUGAGAAUCUGUGCAAUACUUCCUCUUUCGAGGCUUUCCUCAUUGCCAAAGGCAUUGUCAGGGAUGUUUCGCUUCGCCAGUGGGAGGUGGACGUUGGCUCGGGCUGGCAGCCCUACAGCCCAGGGGUCAGUCAGAGCAUCGAGCUGGCCCGGCUCGCUCAGAAGUCGCACUGUCAAGUUACUGUGCAGCCUUUUGAGUACAUCAUCGACUUGCGGGAACAGGUGCAGAUGAACAGGCAGACUGGCAAGGUUCGCCCAAUCAGAUGGGUGGAGGUGCCCAAAGAUGUGCCAGGCCAGUUCAGCAUGCAGGAAGUGCAGGGGGCCAUCUCCAAGUUCGCAGAGCUCCAGACGAUCGCAGAGGUGGGUAGCCACCCCUUUGAGAUCCGGACGGAACCCGAAGAUUUGGCGCAGCCGCCCAAGACAUUGUUCUCAUCCUCGCGCCAUGAUGACAUUGACCUGUACUAG